CCCUCCCGGCGCCCCCUCCGCGCCUUGCUCCCCGCCAGGCACCUGGGACCCGCACACGCCCCGCGCACGCGGCGCACCGCCCUGUUAGAAGUUGCAGCCCCGGAGUUGGAGGCCGCUGAGGACCGAGUGCGAGAGAAAGGAGGCAGCGCGCAGCGGCGGCCGGGGAGGAGGCGGCGGCGAGCCCUGGACCGGGCCCCGCGAAUCACUCUCGUCCCGGAAAGUGGACCUGCAACUUGGCCACGACUGCACCUGUUUGUAUCGCUCUGCCGAGGGCGACCCGGCUGCGGCGAGGACGGCGACUCCGGCCAUCAGCCUCUUUCGCAAGUGGUUUGUGCUCGAGGAGAAACUUUCCACCUGUGAGCCGGACGGGCGCUGAGUGCGUGUGUUUUUGCCUCUUUUUUGUUGUUUUUGCCUCCAUCCCCCCCCCUUCUCUUUGCUAAGACCUCUCCCCACACACCCACCCCCAAGUCUCGCUCUGUUUGAGCCCCCCUCUGUCUCCCCGCCCCCCGACCGUCUAUGCUCCAGGCCCUCUCCGCGCGGUGCCGGUGAACCCGCGAGCCGCCCCAAUGUACAGCAUGAUGAUGGAGACCGAUCUGCACUCGCCUGGCGGCGCCCAGGCCCCCACGAACCUGUCAGGCCCGGCCGGGGCGGGCGGCGGCGGGGGCGGCGGCGGUGGGGGUGGUGGCGGCGCCAAGGCCAACCAGGACCGGGUCAAGCGGCCCAUGAACGCCUUCAUGGUGUGGUCCCGCGGGCAGCGACGCAAGAUGGCCCAGGAAAACCCCAAGAUGCACAACUCGGAGAUCAGCAAGCGCCUGGGUGCCGAGUGGAAGGUCAUGUCCGAGGCCGAGAAGCGGCCGUUCAUCGACGAGGCCAAGCGGCUGCGCGCGCUGCACAUGAAGGAGCACCCGGAUUACAAGUACCGACCGCGCCGCAAAACCAAGACGCUGCUCAAGAAGGACAAGUACUCGCUGGCCGGCGGGCUGCUAGCUGCCGGUGCGGGCAGUGGCGGCGCAGCCGUGGCCAUGGGCGUGGGUGUGGGCGCGGCGGCCGUGGGCCAGCGCCUCGAGAGCCCGGGCGGUGCGGCGGGCGGCGGCUACGCGCACGUCAACGGCUGGGCCAACGGCGCCUACCCCGGCUCUGUGGCGGCGGCGGCCGCAGCCGCUGCCAUGAUGCAGGAAGCGCAGCUGGCCUACGGGCAGCACCCGGGCGCGGGCGGCGCGCAUCCGCACGCGCACCCUGCGCACCCGCACCCGCACCACCCGCACGCGCACCCGCACAACCCGCAGCCCAUGCACCGCUACGACAUGGGCGCGCUGCAGUACAGCCCCAUCUCCAACUCGCAGGGCUACAUGAGCCUAGCUAGCCGGGGAUCUGUGCCGCCAGGAGAGAAAACCCUAAUGGCGGGAUUAGUCCCAGGCUGGAUGACAAAGACCACGGAAGGGGCACGGGCCCUGCAAUUAACAAGAUUGCAGUGUGGGGAAGCGGUGGAGCCCGCGCGGAGCGAUUGUGAGGGGCUCUGCUGGAAUUUGGCAGCGCGGAGGCUUGGAGAGCAGCCCCAUGCUGGCUCCUAUUCAGCAGGCCAGUUUUCCUCGAGCUUUGGAAGUUUCACUCAGCCGUGCACUCAAUGGCUUCACAAAGCUGAUUACAAGCUUCAGCGCAUUCCUGAAGGAGCCAAAAGCGACGCAGGUGCAAACGAGCCGAGGGAGCCCCUUAUCCCGGUGACAGAAUGGGACAAGCUGGGAAAGGCUUGGACCACACAAAUCCAAGCUCACCAGGCAGCAGAAAGCCUGCCUUGGGAACCGGGGGUCAUUAUCCGCCCUAUUCAGCUGGGCCCAGGGACCCUGGGGGCCUGGGAGGCCUGCCCGGGCGGGAGCGCCAGCGCCAGCGCGCGCCUGGGGGAGUGGGGACCUCGCUGGGCCCUGCGGCCAGGCUGGGGCGCUGGACGGCGGUUUGUGGGUUUACACCGACAGCAUCAGUGA